UCUUGUAGAAAUCUUAUUCAAAAAAUGUUUAUGAAACCGAGACCGCUAUUGUUCAUCCUUCGAGGCAUAUCGACUGUUUCUGAAGAUAUUGCGAGUCUCGUCAAAAAUAACAAAGUGGUUGUAUUCAUGAAAGGAGUACCUGAUGCGCCUAGAUGUGGCUUCAGUAAUGCUGUUGUUCAAAUUUUAAGGAUGCAUGGAGUUAAAUACAAUGCACAUGAUGUUCUUGCUAAUGAAGAACUGAGACAAGGUGUCAAGGAUUUUUCGAAUUGGCCUACAAUACCUCAAGUUUUCAUGAACGGUGAAUUCGUUGGGGGAUGUGAUAUUCUACUCCAAAUGCACCAGAAUGGCGAGCUAAUAGAACAACUCAAGAAAAUAGGAAUUAACAGUGCUCUUUUACAAGAAUAUCAAGAGAAAUCCCCUAGUAAACCUGAAAAAUAAAAAUUCUACUAUUAUGAAUAAGAAAUCAAUUAUGGUCAAUAGUUGUUUUUUGUUGCAAAUAAUAUAUGCUAAAUAUUUUUUAUUGUA